UCAUGUAUAUAUACUUCCACACAUCCGAGUAAAUCAUUGACUGGUCAUCGUUGCCUUUCGUCGGUUGGGACAUAACGACUUUCUAGGAUCGUAGAAUCACUAAAAACUAUUGUUUUUGAACGAAAUUAAAGAUGGCUCGUACCAAGCAGACCGCUCGUAAAUCUACUGGAGGAAAGGCGCCAAGGAAGCAGCUAGCCACAAAGGCCGCCAGGAAGAGUGCGCCAUCCACCGGUGGAGUCAAGAAGCCCCAUCGUUACAGGCCCGGUACCGUGGCUCUGCGAGAAAUCAGGCGUUACCAGAAGUCCACAGAGCUGCUGAUCCGCAAGCUGCCCUUCCAGCGCUUGGUGCGUGAGAUCGCUCAGGACUUCAAGACCGACCUGCGUUUCCAGAGCGCGGCCAUUGGCGCCCUUCAGGAGGCUAGCGAGGCAUACUUAGUCGGUCUGUUUGAGGACACCAACUUGUGUGCAAUCCAUGCAAAGAGGGUGACCAUCAUGCCCAAAGACAUCCAGCUGGCCCGCAGGAUAAGGGGCGAGCGGGCUUAAGAUGCCAGCGUUCCUGGCCCUUUCAGGGGAUUCACCAUAUUUAUCAUAUUUUACACAAUUUGUUUGUGGACAUUUUUAUUUCUUGUACCUAUUUUCUCUUCCUAUGUGUUUAUAGACAAGAUCAAAAUGUCACUGCAACCUUAAAUGUUAAGAAUGAGUGCUGUGAUCUGAUCACAGACUGGGCUCCAGAUAGCCAUCUCUGGUCUAGGACUAGUCCAGACCUGGCCUAGUUUCCAUAUGGGUUGGCCAGAUCAGGACCAGACCUGUUCUGCAGUAGGCAUUAAUCUGGGAAGCGCCCUUUUUUUUUUUUAAGAACAUGACAAAAUGUCCAUGUCUUGAGUGGCAAGGGACGGCACAACUCCAUCUUGUCUGAGGCAUUUUGGUGAAGAAGUGUGGGUGCUAGGAGGGUUUUCCGUGUUAGAAUGUGGGAAGUUGCUGACCUCAUUCUUCUGUCUGUUCCGACUUUGGUCUUGUAGCCUCUUGUAUAUUGAUUGCUUUUGUCAUUUUUAUUUUUUCCAAUACAAACCUUGGCAGCUACAUUGAAUACUAUUUAUGAAAAUGUUCACAUUGUAGACUUUCUAUUAAACGACAUGGGUCAAACCAUA